AUGUGGCGCGUCUGUGCGCGACGGGCCUGAAAUGUACCCCCCGGGGCUGGGUUCGGUUGGGGGACGGCCUUAAGGGAGAGACCCAGGGUCCCGGGCGCGACCCCGCGCACCGGCCCGGCUACGGCUCGCGGCCACAGCGCGACCGCGUGGUAUGGCGGGGUCCGGGCGCUCAGAGGCUACAGCCUCAGCCGCGGGACCGCGCCGCGGAGUCGCCUUCUGCUGAAGCUGUUCGGAGGGCCAGGCUGCCGCUGCUACAGUCUCCGCCUGCAUCAGAAGGUUCCAUUGCCUUCUCUUUCCCCCACAAUGCAGGCAGGCACUAUAGCCCGGUGGGGAAAAAAGGAAGGCGAAAAAAUCAAUGAGGGUGAACUGAUUGCUGAGGUUGAACCGGAUAAAGCCACCGUUGGAUUUGAAAGCCUGGAGGAGUGUUACAUGGCAAAGAUACUUGUUGCUGAAGGUACCAGAGAUGUGCCAAUAGGGUCCGUCAUCUGUAUUACAGUUGAAAAGCCUGAGGAUGUUGAGGCCUUUAAAAUUUAUACAUUGGAUUCCUCGGCAGCACCCACCCCACAGGCAGCCCCAGCACCAACCCCUGCUGUUGCUGCUUGGCCACCUAUACCUUCUGCUCAGGCUCCUGGUAGCUCAUAUCCCACUCACAUGCAGGUGGUUCUUCCUGCCCUCUCUCCUACAAUGACCAUGGGCACAGUUCAGAGAUGGGAAAAAAAAGUGGGUGAGAAGCUAAAUGAAGGAGACUUAUUGGCAAAGAUAGAGACUGAUAAGGCCACUAUAGGUUUUAAAGUGCAAGAAGAAGGUUAUCUGGCAAAAAUCCUGAUUCCAGAAGCAAGAGAUGUCCCUCUAGGAACCCCACUUUAUAUCAUUGUAGAAAAAGAGUCAGAUAUACCAGCCUUUGCUGACUAUAGGCCAACUGAAGUAACUGAUUUAAAACCACAAGUACCUCCUCCACCCCCAACCCUGGUGGCCUCUGUUCCUCCAACUCCCCAACCUGUAGCCCCUACACCUUCAGCCACUCACCCAGCUAUGCCUGCUGGACCAAAGGGGAGGUUGUUUGUUAGCGCUCUUGCAAAGAAAUUGGCAGCCGAGAAAGGGAUUGACCUUACACAAGUAAAAGGGACGGGACCAGAAGGCAGAAUCAUCAAGAAAGACAUUGACUCUUUUGUGCCUACUAAAGCUGCUCCUGCUCCAGCAGCUGCUGUGCCUCCUCCGGCUCCAGGAGUGGCACCAGUUCCUACAGGUGUCUUCACAGAUAUCCCUAUCAGCAACAUUCGUCAAGUUAUUGCCCAGCAGUUAAUGCAAUCUAAGCAGACCAUACCUCAUUAUUACCUUUCUGUUGAUGUAAAUAUGGGAGAAGUUUUGUUGGUACGGAAAGAACUUAAUAAGAUGUUAGAAGGGAGGGCCUCCCAGAUGUUAGAAGGGAAAAGCAAAAUUUCUGUCAAUGACUUCAUCAUAAAAGCAUCAGCUUUAGCGUGUUUAAAAGUUCCUGAAGCAAAUUCUUCUUGGUUGGACACAGUAAUCAGACGAAAUCAUGUUGUUGAUAUCAGUGUUGCGGUUAGUACUCCCAGAGGACUCAUCAGACCUGUUGUAUUUAAUGCACAUAUAAAAGGACUGGAAACCAUUGCUAAUGAUGUUGUUUCUUUGGCAACCAAAGCAAGAGAGAGUAAACUACAGCCACAUGAGUUCCAGGGUGGCACUUUUACAAUAUCCAACUUAGGAAUGCUUGGAAUUAAGAACUUCUCUGCUAUUAUUAACCCACCUCAGGCAUGUAUUUUGGCAAUUGGUGCUUCAAAGGAUAGGCUGGUUCCCGCAGAUAAUGAAAAAGGAUUUGAUGUGGCUAGCAUGAUGUGUGUUACACUCAGUUGUGAUCAUCGGGUUGUGAAUGGAGCUGUUGGAGCACAGUGGCUUGCUGAGUUUAGAAAGUACCUUGAAAAACCUGUCACCAUGUUGUUAAAAUUAAUCUAAGAAUUUCUAGACACUCCGAAGUCAUAUUGGUUCAUUCUUAUCAAGAUAUUUAUAUAUUAGU